CAAGCCCAAAUUAUAAGGAGAGAAGUCUCCAAGGAUGGAACAAUCACCAAACGUCAUCAUGACCAAGCCCAACCACAGUUCCAACGACAGCAAGCCCCCCAUGGCAAGGAAGAUAACCAUCUCCAUCUUAGUCAUCUCCCUCCCUGUCCUCUAUGUCUCUCUCCUCCACAUCCCCCCAUCCACUCUCUUCAAAGACACCACCUUCUGGUUCCUCAUGUCCAACUCCAUCAUCAUCAUCGUCGCCGCCGACUCUGGCAUGUUUUCCUCAUCAAACGAGACCAGCGAUCUCUACGAUGAGUUCAUCGAACAUAGCAGGGCAAGAAGUGCAUGCCUUGCUGCAGAUCCACCACCUGAGACUAGCACUAAAGAGAGGCCAAAAGAACCAGUACUUGCUCCGAGCCAGUCGGAUGUAGUUGUCGACAAGAGUAUAGUUGUAAUAGAGAACUCAGUCCCCAAGUCACAAAAACCUGUGUAUAAAACUGUAGUUGUGAAGGAGAAGUCACUCCUCCUGCCGGGAGUAGAAGUUGACGAAAGUAAGGCUGUGCAUGAGAAGCCACUGCGCCGGUCGGUGACGGAGAAGAAAGACCAUCACAGGAUGGAGGAGGUAGAGCAUUCAAAGUUGCCACUCCAACGGUCGGUCACAGAGAAGAGAAAUCAUCACACAUUGGUGGGAAGUGCGCAUUCAAACUUGCCACUCCGCCGGUCAGCGACAGAGAAGAGAAAUUAUCCAAAUUUGGAGGAAAAUGAGUACUCGAUGUUGUCGGACGAGGAGCUUAAUAAGAGGGUGGAGGAAUUUAUUAGGAGAUUCAACAGGGAGAUUAGGCUUCAGCUGAGAAACUAAUAGAAUGUGUGCUCUUGGUAGAGCUGAGUUCACUGUGUAGUGGGGGAAGCUGUCUUUGGGAAAUGUCAGUCUAUGUAACAUGUCAAGAACAAAAUAAUUUUAAGCUUAGUAGCAAAAAAAAAAAAAA